AUGAAAUACUCUAAUAAGGAAAAAUAGAAAUAAGAGUUAAAUUUUCAAUUGUUGGAUGAACUUAGAGUGUUUGUGACUGGAACAUUUGCUGCUUUCACUGAAGAUGUGAAAUCAUAAAUAAAGGUAAUCUACUUCAUGAUAAACAUAGUAAAACAAUGGAUAUUUUUAAAAUUUAGAUGGAGAAAAGGGUUGGAUAAUCCCUAUAAACAAUUAUUAGAAUUUGAUCACCAACGUAUAAUUGAUUAGUAUUAAUAGAUAAGAUCAUAAUAUACGGACGUUAUAAUAAAAUAAUUGCCUCAAUUAUUAUAGAAGUUAUAAAAUCUCAACAUGAAAGAAAUUAAGUAUUUUGAUAAUGGUUAAUUGGUUACUUUGAAGUAUGAUAAUAUGAUAAAUUAUGAAUAAAUUGAUAAAGCUUUGCAUGAAAAUUUGUAUUAAUAUCAAAGAGAUUGCAUUAAAUAAGGAUUAAAAUUUAAUGGUCGAAUUUUGAUUGCAGAUGAUAUGGGUGUUGGUAAGACAGUGCAAUCUUUGGCCCUUGCAAGCAUGUAUAAAUAAAAUUGGCCUUUAUUAAUCAUGUGUCCUUCGCCAUUGAGGUUGAAUUGGUAGGAUGAAAUCAUACACUGGUUAAAAAUCCAUAAAACUGACAUCCAAAUAUUCAAUAGUGGUCGUGAAGGAAUUAGGAUGAAUGCCAAAAUAAUUAUAGUUUCAUAUGAUAUUUGUAGUAAAAUAAAAGAUGUAAAUAUAUUCAGAUAAUAUUUAGAGUUUAAUGAACAGAAAGUUUUAAAUUUGCAUAGCAGAUGAAUGUCAUUAUUUAAAAAGUCCUUAAGCAAUCCGAAGUUAAGCAUGUGUUCCUAUUUUGAGAUAAUGCAUGAGAACAAUUUUAUUGACUGGCACACCUGCAUUAUCUAAACCAAGAGAUUUAUUUAAUUUGUUGAAUAUUAUUAGACCUGAUAUUUUUGGUAGUUUCAAGGAAUUUGGAUAUCGAUAUUGCGAUCCAAAAUUGAGUAGAUUUACAAAAGGCAUUGAUUUUGAUGGAGCAUCAAACUUAAAAGAAUUGCACUUUUUGUUAACUAAUUAUAUCAUGAUUCGAAGGCUAAAGAAAGAUGUUUUGAAUUAGUUACCUGAAAAGAGAAGGGUUAAGGUAAGAAUUCCGGGGGAGGCAAGUCAAAUUAAGUAAAUAGAUGCGCUUUUAAAAUAAUUGGGAAAUAUUGACAUUCAACAGCUUAUCAAUAAGGACACCAUUUUUUAGGAAUCCUCAAAGGACCAAAGUGAGUAAUUGCCCACUAUCAAUUCAAUUUUGUAGAAAUGCUACAUGUUAACAGGUUAAGCAAAAAUAAAGGCAAUAAAGGAUUAUAUAAAUACAUUGUUUGAAAAUGAAAUAAAAUUUUUAUUCUUUGCUCAUCAUUAGGAUGUAUUGGAUGCAGUUUAGGAAUAUUGUAUCUAGAAUAAUAUUUAAUAUAUGAGAAUUGAUGGUAGUGUUAGUAUUGAAUAAAGACAUUUGAAUGUCCAAAUGUUUUAAAAUAAUGAUUCUAUUCGAAUCGCUAUUUUGAGUGUUACAUCUGCAAAUUAUGGAAUUACAUUGACAGCAGCUUCAACUAUAGUGUUUGGUGAAAUGCAUUGGACUCCUGCUAUCAUGAUGUAAGCAGAGGAUAGGGCACAUAGAAUUGGUUAAGUUUAAUGUGUUGAUUGUCAUUAUUUAAUUGGAGAUGGAACAUUAGAUGAUCAUAUUUUCAACAAGAUAGAAAAUAAAAUGAAUACUGUCUCAAAUUUUAUUGAUGGAUAAAAAUAAAAUUUAGGUGCCUUAGAAUUUUCAGCAAAUGAAAUCUUAAUUAAAGGUACUUAAAAGGCCUCAUUGAUUUCAGAUAAAUGCGAAUCUAUCUUAUAAGAAAUUAAUGUACAAUCUUCAAUCUAAACAUUUACUGAAGAUGAAAUAGAAGAGAUCUAUCAAAUUUUAGAAUCUAAAAAAAAAAGUUAAAUUUUACCUUUCUAACCAAAAUCAAAAUAAGCAGAAAUACAAUAAGAAAAUAUCAAUUUAAAUUAAGUGGAUCUUUCUAGUUAAAUAAAAAAUUAAUGUUCUUCUCUUAAAUCGCAAUUAUUGGAUAAAUAUUUGAGUAGCAACAAAGUAAAAAAAGAAGUAAUUGAUGAUAACAAAGAGCUGAACAAAAUAUAAAUGAUAAUUGAAUAAAACAAUUUAAUAGCAUUUGCAAAACCCUAAAAAUUGAGUUAUGAAUAUCUACAGAGUCGAUUAGACAGAGAUAACAAAUCAAAACAAAUAGGAUAAAAGAAACUCCUUCUCAAACCAGCUAAUUAGUAAUCAAUAUCCAAAAUUAAUAUUGAACCUUAUGACUAAAUUUUAAAUUGA